GUACCGGUCAUGGAGCAUAUCAAGCUGUCCUUCGCGAAAGCGAAGAAUCAGAACCGCGCGGCCCUGGGGGCGUAUGUUACCGCUGGGUAUCCGACAGUGAAAGAGACGCCAGAUAUUCUACUCAGUCUCGAGAGCAGUGGUGCAGAGGCAAAUAUGAUCGCUCUCACUAAUGGGGUCACCGUGUCGGGGGUGCUGGACAUGGUGCGAGAGGCAAGACGUCGGGGAUUAAAGAUUCCCGUGCUACUCAUGGGAUACUAUAAUCCAGUCCUUCACUACGGCGAGGAGAAGCUGUUGCACGACUGCAAGGAGGCAGGGGUCCAUGGAUUCGUCCUGGUAGACCUCCCCAUCGAGGAAGCGGCUCGGUUCAGAAAAUUCUGUGUCAGCUAUGGGCUUUCUUACAUUCCCCUUAUUGCGCCAUCUACGUCCAUCCCUCGCAUGAAAGCCCUGUGCAGCAUAGCGGAUUCCUUCAUCUAUGCUGCUUCGAGAAUGGGUGUGACCGGUGCCUCCCAGUCACUAAGCGCCAACCUUCCUGAGUUUCUUGCCCAGAUCCACAAGUAUGCCGGCAACAUACCAAUUGCUCUUGGCUUUGGCAUCAGCACACGGGAGCACUUUCUAUCCGUACAAGCCUUAACUGAAGGCUGUAUCAUUGGCAGUCAGAUCAUUAGCACCAUCGGAGCUGCGCAACCGGGUCGAGCAGCUGAAUGCGUCGAGAAGUACCUAUCCGGUAUCACAGGCCGCAAUCUCGAGCGAGAUGAGCACGGCGCCAUUGUACGUGAGGUCACUGUGUUAGAACCCUCCGCAGCAGGGACAAGGCCUCAGGCGAUGCCUUCGGAAGAUGCGCGUCCGGAUACAACAGACGUCACACCUGGGCACGAUCCGGUUACGUCCACGCGCUUUGGCGAGUUUGGUGGCCAGUACGUGUCGGAAUCCUUGAUGGGCUGUUUACCCGAACUAGAUCAGGCCUUUGAAGCGGCACGACAAGACCCGGCCUUCUGGGAAGAGUACCGUUCCUACUAUCCCUACAUGGGUCGUCCGAGUGGGUUGUAUUUUGCGGCACAUCUUACUGAAGAGAUUGGUGGUGCAAAUAUCUGGAUUAAACGGGAGGAUCUCAACCACACUGGGAGCCACAAGAUCAAUAAUGCCCUGGGCCAGAUCCUCCUAGCACGACGACUAGGAAAGAAACGAAUCAUCGCCGAAACGGGCGCAGGCCAGCAUGGUGUCGCCACUGCGACGGUGUGCGCCAAAUUCGGCAUGGAAUGUGUGGUCUACAUGGGCGCCGAGGAUGUUCGCCGUCAAGCGCUCAAUGUGUUCCGGAUGAAGCUCUUGGGUGCUACAGUGGUACCAGUGACGUCUGGUAGUCGCACACUGCGUGAUGCAGUAAAUGAAGCAUUGCGCGCGUGGGUUAGAGAUGCCGAAACCACCCAUUAUAUACUUGGUUCGGUUGUUGGCCCUUAUCCUUUCCCUACUAUCGUGCGCACCUUCCAGUCCAUAAUUGGGCAGGAAACGAAAGAACAGAUGCGAAAUGCUAUUGGAAAACUUCCGGACGCUGUUGUGGCCUGUGUCGGCGGAGGCAGCAAUGCGUCAGGCAUGUUCUAUCCAUUCCUCGACGAGCCGAAUGUCCAGAUGUUGGGCGUCGAGGCUGGUGGUGAUGGCCUCGAUACCUCUCGCCAUUCAGCGACCCUGUGCGGUGGCAGUAAGGGGGUCCUUCAUGGAGUCUACACCUAUCUCCUGCACGAUCAAUACGGGCAGGUCUCGGAGACGCACUCGGUCUCUGCUGGUAUGGACUACCCAGCUGUAGGACCUGAGCUCAGCUCCUGGAAGGACAGUGGGCGGGCUCAAUUCAUUGCUGCCACCGAUGCCCAAGCCCUGGCUGGGUUCCGCGCUCUGGCAGUGUAUGAAGGCAUUAUCCCAGCGCUUGAGUCCUCUCACGCUGUAUAUGGUGCCAUUGAACUUGCCAAGACGAUGAAGAAAGGCGAACAGAACGUUGUUCUCAACUUGAGCGGACGAGGUGAUAAGGACAUGAACUCUGUCGCCGAAGUGCUGCCUCGUCUGGGCCCUGAGAUCGGAUGGGAUCUCCGACUUUAA